AGCGCAACGGGCAAAGACAGUUUUAUUUUGUCCAGACAAGAAAACACGAUCAAAGUUUUACGAAGACUCGAAAACACGAAAAAAAAAUAAAAAAAAUAAAAUGAUGAUCAUAUAAAAGUUAUGGAUUUUUCAAGUCCAUUUUUUGUUGAAAGAUCCUAUAAUCGGAGAGGAAGAGGAGGUGGUGGCAGAGGAGGCGGUGGUAGAGGAGGGCGUGGUGGAGGGCGCGGUGGCAGAGGAGGUGGUCGUGGAGGUGGUCGUGGAGGUGGUCGUGGAGCCAAUAAUGCGAACAGAGGACAAAGGACAAUCGGCUUCGGUUUGUUGAAAGCAUGGAAUCAGCUGGACGAUAACGACGAACUUUUGGUCAGAAUGGCUGCAUCCAAAGAUAUGCUAUUGCAGCUACUCAACAGUCCAGUACUAAAAGACGACUGGAACUUUGAACUUCUUGUAAUAUAUUCGAAAGUCUGUGAAGUUCGACGUAGUCAAAACCAAAUCUCAAUUUUAUCUCUCCUUCAUGGUUGUCAAUACAUGACAUCAGGUUUAAAAAGAAGUCUUAUAAUAUGGGGAUUAACUUGCACAAUGGAGAAGAACAUAACGAUAGCAAAUUCGUUGCUAACAUUAAUUGAUGUGUAUUUCAAGAAUUUCCCUUCGCGUUGCAUGGAUAUGCCGUUAGAUGAACUGGCAGCGUUUAUCAGUGGCAAUUUGAUUGGAGAAAGAGAUCUUGUCCAAAAGGUCAACACACUUACAAGAGCGAGAAGGGAAUUGAUCCAGAAAACACAAGCGCCGGUCAAGAAGCCACCUCGUGAGCAAUUUACAAACGAGCCUCCACCUGACAAUUUUAGGGACAUCCCGACUAUUCCUGAUAUAAACGAUAUUUACCGUGAAGAAAAGCCUUACCUUCGGCCAAUCAAAUCACGCGGAGGUUACUCUAAUGGUGAGGAGUAUUUGGAUGUUCAAUUUCGACUAUUGCGAGAAGAUCUGGUGUGUCCACUCCGUGAAGGUGUGCAGGAAAUAAUUGAAGAAAUUCCACGGAAAAAUAGAAAGCACGCGCUGAAUGUUUACAACAGAGUUCAAGUUUUGUUUCCUCUCUGUACAAAAAGUGGCAUCAUUCAUCGUGUCAGUUUUGACACAACCUAUACUAAAGGUAUACCUUGGCAACACUCAAAACGGCUAAUUUUUGGAUCUUUAGUAUGCCUGAGUAAAGAUCAAUUCCAAACGAUAAUUUUCGCCACUGUUGCUGAUCGAAGUCCAGAAAAUCUUAGGAAGGGAUUGGUUGAUUUAAGAUUUGUUGGUGGACUUGAAACACAAAAUUAUUUUGCAAAAGGAGAAUUGAUGGAAAUGGUGGAGAGCUCGGUAUAUUUUGAAGCAUAUAAACACGUAUUAAAUGGAAUGAAAGAGUUUGAUGGAGAAGAAAUUCCAAUGCAGAGAUACAUAGUCGAAUGUACCUCUGAUGUCAAACCUCCUGCUUAUCUUCAGCGUCGGGAUGUUCUUGCUCCAAGGUAUAAUUUGAGAAGUUCUUUGAAGACUAAACAAUUGGUCGCAGAUUCUGUUCGUAUACUCAAUGAUCGCUUUUGGCCAACAUACGAUCUUACUGAUCUGAACCAAUCACAGUUAAAUGCAUUCAAACAUGCGCUCACUAAAGAGUUUGUAGUUAUCCAAGGUCCACCUGGUACUGGAAAAACACAUGUUGGUAUCAGAAUUGCGGAUGCUUUGUUACAAAACUCACAGGCUUGGAACUUAGACCAGAAAGCUCCAAUGUUGGUUGUAUGUUAUACAAAUCAUGCUUUGGACCAAUUUCUUAGUGGCAUCAUUGAGUUCGGACACACUGAUGUUGUACGUGUAGGUGGGCGAGCGAGUGAGGAAAUGAAAAAAUAUUCACUUCGAGAGGCACUAACCCGUCUAAAGGGAACUAGUCGUCGCCAAAGAAACGAACCUGAUGAUUUCAAAUUCCUUAGAAGAGCAAAAGCACAAUCCUUAGAAGAAAGGGAUAAUCUUAUAGCUGCUAUAGAAAGGGACACAGGAAACAUAAGGGCUUGUCAAAACCUGUUGCAAUCAGGUAACUUAGUCCAUUUAAAAAAAUUGCUAUUUAUUAUGAAGGAAGAACAUCAAGAAGCAUUUGUAACCUUUGAUGCACAUUGUUGGGGCUUAAAGAUAUCUGUUUUUGAUAUAUUUCUUGACAUCAUAAAAAUACCGAUUGACAACAUCACUGCGUUUAAAAUAGCUGAAAACAUUGGCGAUGCAAAAAAUGAAGUUGCAGUUGCGAGCGCAGCUGAUCCUAAAAAAAAUAAUCCUGGUGAUAAUGAAGUUAACGAUGACGAAGUCGACGAGAAUGGAGUGGAUGUUGAAGGUGAAGGAGAAGUUCUGGUGGAAAGAUGGGUUGCUGAUACUAACGAGUAUCAAGUUUUGAAUGUUAAAAAACAAAUCGAACAUGAAGUCCAAGAAGAAAGGGAGAAGAAUAUUUUGGUGGACAGUGACGGCUUUACAGUUGUUCAACCAUCACGUCAGGAAAAGAAAAAUCGCAUACAACGUUUAUUGCGAAGUUAUGAGCCAAUGUCAUCUGCAGAGGCUAAUGAUGUAGAGAAUCCAUGGGAUCUGUCUCUCGAUAAUAGAUGCCGACUGUACAAAUACUGGUUGCAAAAGUUGUAUGAAGAAAUGUAUGAAAAUUAUUCACGUCAAGCUGAGAAGCUUGAGGAAGUCUGUCAACAAGUUAAUGAACUUCAACAGCAAGAAGAUGAAAUAGCCAUGAGAAAAGCCGAUGUAAUUGCCAUGACAACUACUUGUGCUGCUCGAUAUCGAACAGCUCUGCAGAAGAUUCAACCAAAGGUGGUUAUAAUCGAGGAGGCUGCUGAAGUUUUAGAAGCACAUGUGUUGACAGCAUUAAGCGGUGGUAUAGAGCAUUUGAUAUUGAUCGGUGAUCACCAACAGUUAAAACCGAAUCCUGCAGUUUAUGAGCUAGCCACUCGCUAUUCUUUGGAAGUGUCGUUGUUCCAGAGAAUGGUAGAUAAUGGAAUGGAAUGUCAUACACUUGAUAUACAACACAGAAUGCGACCGGAGAUAUCCAUACUUCUUCGGCAUAUCUAUCCGAAGUUAAGAAAUCAUGCAUCUGUGAGGAGCUAUCCAUGUGUUAAAGGCGUCGGUAAUAAUGUUAUGUUCAUCAAUCACCACGAAAAGGAGAAUCAGGUAGCGCACAUGAAAUCAAAAGCAAAUAAACAUGAAGCAGAAUUCAUAAAAGCGCUAUGCUUCUAUUUCUUACAGCAAGGAUAUCAGCCUAGUCAGAUUACAAUUUUAACAGGUUACACUGGCCAACUCAUUCAAAUGAAACAUAUCAUGCCAAAAGAGGUUUUCAACGGUGUAAGAAUAACAGCUGUUGAUAACUUUCAGGGUGAGGAAAAUGACAUCAUUCUCUUGAGCCUGGUAAGAAGCAAUGAUCAAGGAAGCAUUGGAUUUCUAAAGACAGAUAAUCGCAUAUGUGUCGCAUUGUCAAGAGCGAAACAUGGAUUAUUUGUUAUAGGAAACUUUGACCUGCUUAAAGAACAAAGUGUAUUAUGGAGAAAGAUAAUUAAUGAUGCCACGAUGUACGGAAGUUUCGGGAAAUCAAUGAAGCUAUGCUGCCAAAAUCAUACCGAUACAAUUAUAAAUGCAGGAAAUGCUGCAGAUUUUUUGCAAGCUCCUGAAGGUGGUUGUAUACGACCGUGUGAAUUCAGGUUAGAUUGUGGUCAUGUUUGCGAAAAAGCAUGUCAUCCAGUUGAUCCAGAGCAUGUCGAGUACGUAUGCAAGAAACGUUGCCUCAAGGCAACGUGUAACCUUGGUCAUCAAUGUCAAAAGCAGUGCCAUCAUGGGAAAGAUUGUGGUUUAUGUAUUGCUAGAGUGAAGAGAAUAGUACCAAAAUGUGGGCACGUUCAACAAAUGUUAUGCAAACAAGAUCCCACACAAUUUGGUUGUUUGGAAAAAUGCAAUAAGGUGCUUGAAUGCGGCCAUCCUUGCAAAUUAAGUUGCAAAGAAGACUGUCAGAAACAAAGAUGUUUUGCUCAGGUUCCAAAGCUUUUACCUUGUCAACACAGGGUGCAUGUCACGUGUCAUUCUGAUGUUUCAACUGUCAGAUGCAAUUCUCCCUGCAAAGCUAAGCUAGAUUGUGGUCAUAUUUGUUCUGGAACAUGUGGGGAGUGUAAGCAAGGCCGACUUCACAAAAAAUGCUCACAAGAAUGCGGAAGAAUACUUGUAUGCUCUCAUGGAUGCAAAGAACCAUGUACAAAAAACUGUCCACCUUGCAUGUUACAAUGUGAAAACAGGUGUGUUCACAGCAGGUGUGAGAAGAAAUGUGGUGAAGUUUGCUCACCGUGCAGAGAAGCAUGUACAUGGCAUUGUAGGCACAAGGAAUGUACAAAACGCUGCGGUGAAAUAUGUGACAGGGAGCCUUGUAACAGACCGUGCAAAAAGAGGUUACGCUGUGGACAUUUAUGCAUUGGUUUAUGUGGGGAAAUUUGCCCCAAUGUAUGUCGCGUUUGUGAUAGAGAGAAAGUGAAAGAGAUUUUCUUUGGGGACGAAGAUGAAGCAUCAGCACGAUUUAUUGUCCUUGAAGAUUGUCAACAUUACUUUGAAGUUAAUGGAAUGGACAGGUGGAUGCAACAGGAUAAUGGAGACGGGGGAAACGUAAAGAUGAAGGAAUGUCCACGCUGCAAAACCAUCAUCCGCAAGAGUGUAAGAUAUGGAAAUAUUGUGAAGAAUUCAUUAAAAGAUAUAAACGAAAUAAAGAAGAAGAUUAUUGAAAGUGGGAGAUCUGACCUAGCGGGCGUUAAAGAAAACGCUUAUCAAAAAUGUCGAGAUGUCAAUAAACUAGUGCAAGAGAUUCCGUUUUUGGACAGAUUUCGAUUUUUGAACCGCGUUGCUUCAAGCAUGGCUUUAGAAGAAGAUGCAAAUUUUACUACGUUUGCAUAUAAUUUAAAACGCAAUAUUAGACCGCGUGAUAAUCAAAAUAAUGCAUCAGUGCUUGCUACUCGAUUAGUGAAAUCCUCUUUGGGAUACGAAGCGGUGAACGGCUUAUUUCAUCAGGCUGCGAUACUGGAAGCAUUGUGGAAAUUAAAAAAGGAGGUCUUUGAAAACAAAAGUUUGCGAAAUGAAAAGGAUGAAAUCUUAAAAGGUAUGGUGGGGCUUGAAGACUUUAUCAUGUCUGAAAGGAUGAGCGAACAACAAGUUAAAGAUGCAAACGAAGAUUUGGAAAGAAACCACGUCUAUGUAAGUGUUAUUGUUUGUGUAACUCAAUUAAAACAAAAAGAGAAGGACAUUGAAACAUGGAGGGAUUCUCAAGAAAUGGCAGAUCUGUCAACUAAAGCUAGAGCUAUAAAAUGGCUUAGAUUAGCUAAACAUGAAGAAAAUGUUCUAUUGCAAAUUAAAGCAGAAAUAGAAGAAGGAAAAAAAUUAAGGAAAACAAAGAUUAAAGAGAUUAAAGCGAGUGUUGAUGAAAUCAAGAGAAGAUUUGAAUUAGAGGGCUUGGCUGAGCAAGAGAGAAUAAUGAUUGUAAAAGCGAUGGGUCUUGGAAAGGGCCAUUGGUACAAAUGUCCUAAUGGCCAUUUUUAUGCUAUUGGCGAAUGUGGGGGCGCAACUGAAACUGGAAAAUGUCCCGAAUGUGGUGCAGUUAUUGGCGGACGAAGUCACACUUUGGCUGCUGGAAAUCAACAUGCAGGCAAUUUCGAUGGUUCCACUCAUGCAGCUUAUUCUGAAGCUGCAAACAACAUGAUGAACUGGGAUCAAGAAGCAUUGCGCCGCCUCCAAUUGGAAUAAAUUAAUGCAAUUGAACGCCGUAUUAGCUUAAACAACUACAAUUGAAUGCGGUAUUAGCUAAAAGGAAUGGGUACGUCUUUUAAACAAAUAUGACGAAGUUAGUCUGAUUUUUGCACGAAUAAGGAUUGAAUGAUGACUUAUCGGAUGAAGUUUUUGAUUUACAAAAUCUCUUAUCAACAAAAUGUUGUUGAGAAAAAUACAAUGAAGGGAGUAUUCCGAAAUAAGUUCAAAUUUAUAGCGACUAACUGACUUUUCAAGGUUGAGCUUUUCCACUCCUAAGUCUUAAAUUAUAAAACCUCAAUAUGUAUAUAUUUUAUUUUAAGGGAAGAAGUUUUGAUGGAAAUUUAACAUCGCAGGGGGUAAAGUGUUCGUUGAACCAAUUAAUUUUAUUUUCGCAUAAUACACAUUCCUACAAACAUAAUUUUCUGCAAAUAAAACAAUUACAAUUUUCAAAUUUUACUUAGAUUUGGAAAAAAAGCCUUCCCUUAACAUAAUUUAGGAAGUCUUCUUAAACACGAAGUAGUUUAACACAUUGUAGCGUUAUCAUUAAUUUUGAUUUAUAUGAUUCAAGUAUAUUUAUUAUUAAAUGUGCUGCUAUGUUAAAGUUCAAACUGUGUUUUUCCUUUUUAUUUUUUAUUUUUUGAAAAUAGUAAAAAAAAAUUAGUGUCAGUAUUUUACCUCAUUUUCUGGUGCUUUUUGUAUAUGAUUCUCUUAUUUUUGCACGUUAUUUCUUCGAUUUUUUAACGGACUGGCGAAUAAUUUUUUUAUAAAACCAAUACACCUCUGGCUUACCUGUUGACCUAAAAUAAUUCCUCGUGCUUCCGUAAGUGCAUACUGUUUAUAGCAUUCCUAAUGUUUUAUUAUGUUGUUCCAAAUUGACUUUUCUUAUUAACAGGUUGUCAAACCUUUUACUGAAUUUUUUUACAAUAACACAUCUGACCAUGGUUCUCAUCUGUUUUUGCGUCUCGUUACAAAAAAUAACGAUAUUCAAGGCUAGCGUAUAUAUCAAAAGUAAGGCAUUUAAAAUCACGUAAAUACAUAAAAAAAACUUUUGAAACUGUUUCGCCACCUGUUUCUGUUUUAUGAAGUUUCUUUUUAUUUAUAGAAAGUUAUGUAAAGUAGUUCGUUUAUUUUUAAUUGUAAUGAUUGCUCUUUUUGCCUCCAUUGUUAAACAUGUUAUUAUAUUAAAACUUAUCUCGUA